UGCACCUUGGCGGUUGGUACAUUAAUUCCUUUUGCUACCGAUCGACAAUCUCUCAGCUUUGUUGUCAUCGAUCACUUUCUUUAUCUCUGCACAAUCUCUCUCACUCUCUAUUCACCCCAAAAUCAACAGCAUAAUUUAGCAGUAGACGACUUGUCGUUUCCAGAGCCACCAUGACCUCCGCUUUGGAUUUCAGCCCCAGCAUCAGUGAGUCCCUCGGCGACGUUACCAUUUUCACCGCUGCUGGAGACGCCGUCCAGUUCAAGGACCUCUGGGACCAGAACGAGGGGGUGGUUGUUGUUGCACUAUUGAGGCACUUUGGAUGCCCUGGCAGUUGGGAACUUGCUGCAACUCUAAAAGAAUCAAAAGCGAAAUUUGACUCAGCUGGUGUGAAACUAAUUGCUGUUGGUGUUGGUAGUCCUGAUAAAGCUUGUGUCCUUGCAGAACGGGCGUAUAAUAUCUUGGGUUUAUACUAUGGAUGGGGUCCAACAUUCUUCAAUCCAGCCAUUAUUGUAAGAUGUUUUCCCGCUCUCUGCUUUAUCUUUUGAAGAGAAUAUAUGGAGUUUGCAUGUAUGUUUCUUUGUGAAAUUUUAAUAUGACAGGUAAAGAUGUAGUCAAGAUUUGGUGCUCUGCGGAAAGCUGUAAAAAACUAUACGAUUAAAGCCACUCCAGAUGAUAGAAGUGGUGUGUUGCAACAGGGAGGGAUGUUUGUCUUCAAAGGGAAGCAGUUAUUGUAUGCUCGGAAAGACAA